AUGAACAGUGCAGCAGCCAUGCUAAAGGUCGAGAAUUCAAUUCCGCUGGUGCUUAGUGAUGAUCGGAAACGUGCCCAGUACGAUCAGUUUGGUGCUGAUCCAUUUCAGCAGCGACAUACUGCCGGUGCAACAAGCUAUAAUGCAGACGGCUGGCAGUACCAAUCAACAAUUGAUCCUGAGGAAUUGUUUAGGAAAAUGUUUGGCGGUCGGAGUCCUUUUUCGGACUUUAGUAAUGCUUUUGGCGACUUUGCGGAUUCCUCUGAUGGUUUCGAAGAUUCAAAGGAGCAUGUAAUGAAUAUCACUUUCGAAGAAGCGGCCCGUGGAGCCCAGAAGACUGUCAAUUUGAAUGUUGUCGACGAUUGCCCGGCUUGUUUUGGCAAAGGAGUCCAACCAGGCUACAAAAAGGUAUCAUGCCCGUACUGCAACGGUACUGGCUACGUAACGCAACAGCUUGGCGGAUUUUACAUGCAAUCAUCGUGUGGUCGCUGUCGUGGGACAGGUUCAUAUAACAAAAAUCCGUGUUUGAACUGCGAAGGACACGGUCGAACUGUGCAACGGCGUACUGCCACAAUCACUGUACCAGCCGGUAUAAAUGAUGGUGAAACUGUUCGAAUGCCUAUGGGCAAGUCGACGAUAUUCAUCACGUUCAGGGUGGCACCGUCAUCACGUUUUCGACGCGAUAAAUUUGAUAUUCACUGCGACGUAGAAAUAUCUGUAGCACAGGCGAUCCUUGGCGGCACUGUCAAAAAGUUAAAUUAUUCGGGCUAUGGAGAUCAGUAUAUCAACAUCAAAGUGAAAGUACCAAAACGUUUGACCACCAGGCAAAAAGCACUAAUACAGGCAUGGGCCGAACUAGAAACCGAUACUCCAGGCACAAUACAAGGAAUUAGUAGUACUGUUGAAGAUGAUGAAAGGAGAAAAGCAGAGGGGUCGACAGUAGUGGAUGAUGAUGAUGAUGAUGGAAGAGAAAGAAGUCAAGACGGGGAAGAGAAAGGGAAUAACGAGGAAACAAUUUUGGGGCGAUUGAAAAAAGCACUUUUCGGAUAG